UCUUCAUUUUAUUUAAUCGUCACAUCAAUAUGGCGAUUGUUCUAAUUUGAUUAAAGACCACCUUGCAAUCUGAUAUAUAACCUCCAAAUUACAGUGUACAGAUUAUUUGUUAUCGUAUGUCAUAAUGAGACCAAAAGCAAAAAAUAACAACAUAUCUCCUAAAAAAAAGAAUGUGGAAACAAAUUCAGAGAUCAAAAGCGAAACAUCUUCCAUUGUUGAAACAUCGAGUGGAUUAAAUCAAGAAGCCGAAGAUCAAUUUGUAUUAGAACUUUAUUGGUGUAUACAAGAAUUGGAAUCUAGUUUAGAAAAAGGAAAAGUACAAAUGAAACAAGCACAGGAUAUUUCCAAAAGUUUGAAUACUUUAAAAAGUAAUACUGCACCUUUGAUAAAAAAGAGACAAAUUAUGAGAAAUAAAUUAGGAAAUUAUAGAGAAAAAAUGAUGCAAGAUGAACAGAAAUUUAAUAAGCAAGUUACAUCGGUUAAAUUUACAAAUACUUCAAAUUUAAAUAAAAAAUCUGUAUUUUUACGAAAAGCUAAUAAUGUAAAACAGAACUCUGUUAAAACUGAUAGCGAACUAAACGAACAGUCACAAGAUUCGUUAGAUAAUGAUAGAUCUAUAGUUGGUAAGAAUAGCUUGCAAGAAUUUAGAUUUAAUUUUCAAUCUGUAACUUAAGUAAGUUCCUUUAUAUUUAAGUAAUAAAAGUCUUUUAUAUUUAUAAAUC